UGUUUAUUUCGAUUUACCACAUUUUUUCGUUUGAAUUACGGAACCGCAAUCAUCACUAUGGACACUACUACUUUCCAACCAAACACUGGGAACCAUUCAGGUCCCAUUAUCCCCUAUACAGAAGCUCAGUCUUCUGUCGCUAUGGAUGUUGACCAAGUUCAACACCACGAACAGCUUGAGGAAAACCCAAGCAGCAACCCUUGGACACCUGACCAACAGGACAACGCUGACCCACAAGUAGUUCGUACCUACUUGGAACAGCAAGUUCAUCUUAAAGAGUCAUACCUGCAGAGCCUGGUUACUUGCCAUGACCAACAAGUUUUUUUAGCCGCUAAAAGCGACUAUGAAAACUGGAAAGAAAGGCUUAACACAAUGAAAGCUCUUUCGGACAAGACGCUAGAUGAUGCCAAAGUAGCACAUUUAGUUCCUAAGAACUUACCCGUGUUCAACCUCAGAGGACACACCAAGUUUGCUAAAGGGAAGUCUUAUGACUCGCCUGAGCAGUUCUUGGAUGACUUUGCGUAUGUGUUGGAAGCACAUUCGAUCAACGUCGAAAAGCAUUGGAAAAGGUUGAUGCCUUUGACUUGUGAUGCCACAAGACGUGCGUGGUUAGUCAAAACCAUGCAACGGCAUGACAUGAAUUGGACCAAGUUUCGAGAAGAGUUUUGUCGUGCGUUUUCUUCUCCGUACCAACUGACAACGAAGAGUUAGGAUAUGGUUUCCUAUCUUCUUUGAAUAAGAAGUACCGCCAGCGUGCGUGGAACGUUGCUGCAAACCAUUUUGGCUUACAGUUUCCCAGCACAUUGGACGCCGUUAUACAAGCAGUCUUGACUCUUGCCGAGGGUGAACCUGCAACUGGUACUGACCAGGACUCCGAAGAAAGUGAGGAUUAC